UAUCCUAAGUUCCAUACCUUUAACAAAGGAAACUAACCCUCAUAUCCACGCCUCUCUACCUUCCACCAACACCACAUUUCUACUGUCGAAACCACAACCAAUGCCGGCUGGAGAAUUCUGCCACCUUUCACCACCGCCGGGGUCGGCGGAAGAGGAGGAGUGGGUUUGGACCCAGAUCAAAGCCGAGGCUCGUCGUGAUGCCGAAGCGGAGCCGGCUCUGGCUAGCUACUUGUACUCCACAAUCCUCUCCCACUCCUCCUUGGAGCGCUCUCUCUCCUUCCACUUGGGUAACAAGCUCUGCUCCUCCACGCUGCUCUCUACGCUUCUCUAUGAUCUCUUCCUCAACAUAUUUUCCAACGACGCCAGCCUCCGCUCCGCCACCGUUGCUGACUUGCGCGCCGCGCGUUUUCGUGAUCCCGCCUGCGUUUCCUUCUCCCACUGCCUUCUUAAUUAUAAAGGAUUCCUCGCCUGCCAGGCUCACCGAGUGGCUCACAAGCUCUGGACUCAAUCUCGAAGGCCUUUAGCACUCGCACUUCAAUCUCGCAUCUCAGAUGUUUUUGCUGUUGAUAUCCAUCCAGCUGCCAGAAUUGGCAAAGGCAUCCUUUUUGAUCAUGCAACAGGAGUUGUGGUUGGUGAGACUGCUGUGAUUGGAAACAAUGUGUCCAUUCUCCACCAUGUAACAUUAGGUGGAACUGGCAAGUUUGGCGGCGACCGGCACCCCAAGAUUGGUGACGGAGUGUUGAUUGGCGCCGGAGCCACAAUACUGGGAAACAUCAAAAUUGGGGAGGGGGCCAAGAUCGGUGCAGGGUCAGUGGUCUUGAUCGAUGUGCCUCCAAGAACAACGGCUGUGGGGAAUCCAGCUAGAUUGGUGGGUGGGAAAGAGCAACCGACAAAGCAUGAGGAAAUUCCUGGGGAGUCGAUGGACCAUACUUCUUUUAUAGCUGACUGGUCAGAUUAUAUAAUAUGACCCCCGACCUGCUAUGUUGUUAUAGAAUGUAGGAGGAGAAUAUACAACUAGCAUGAUAGCUUUCUGCGAGGGGCAGUCGGCUCCUGUUCAGGUUCGUAAAACGUAUAAAUGUGGAGUUGCCGAGUUGCGAUGCAAGCCAACUUAUAUCUCCUCUGAAUGUUUAUACUUGUAUGAUACAAUAUGUUCUCAUGUCCACUUCUUGUUUCUCCUGUAUCUACUGUUGUUCCAUGGGUCAUGAGCUACAUUACAUGAGAAAGGGUCUAGAGAUUGUAAUACUGCUCCAAGUGGUCUUCAUUGUGUUGUUUGAUUACAUGACCACACAGCUAAUGUAUUUUGUGGGCAAAUGUUUUGCUUUGUUUUUCUAGAAAACAAGGUUUGAGGUAUUUUAACUUAA